AUGGAUAAAAGGCAUGAUGAAGAAGAGAAUAUGGUCGUAGAACUCUAUGAAGCCUCACGGACUGGGUUUGUAAGCACUUUGACCACAAUGAUCCAAAGGGACGCACGCAUUCUUGAUAGAGUUUCACUCACAUCCUUUAGUGAGACCCCCUUACACUUAUCAGCUUUGCAUGGCCACCUUGAAUUUAGCAGAGUUCUUAUCAGUAAGAAACCUACAUUUGUGAAAGAGGUGGACUCGUUGGGACGAACCCCUCUUCACUUGGCUUGUGCUGAGGGCCAUACUGAGAUCGUAAAAGCAUUGUUGCAAUCAAAUAAAAAUAUUUGCUUGGUUGUUGAUCAAGAUGAGAGAAUUCCUCUCCACAUAGCCACAAUGAGAGGACGCAUAGAGAUCAUAAAAGAGUUGGUUAUUGCUCAACGAGAAUCCAUCCGGGUGAAUCUCAAUGGAGAUAGUGUAUUGCACUUGUGUCUUCGAUAUAAUCAUUUAGAUGCUCUCAAAUUGUUAGUAGAAUCAGCUAAUGGUGAUGAAUUAUUCCUCAACUCCAAAGGCCAUGAUGGCAAUUCCGUAUUGCAUUUAGCUGUGAUGCUCAAGCAAAUCAAGGCCAUCAAAUACUUACUUUCAAUACCGGAAAUAAAAAGAGAGGCUAAUGCCAUGAACGUCAUUGGUUGCACACCUUUAGAUGUCUUAGAGGCAUGUAACAUCUGUCCAAGAGAUUUUAAAUGUUUUGAAAUCCAAAACAUUCUAAAGGAAGCCGGUAUCAAAAGUUCAAUGGAUAAAAAUUCUUCCGUACCGGAGGCACCGAGUAGUACAAAUGUUGAUGGAGCACAACGAGGUCAAUCAAGGUUUAGGAGAUGGUGGGGGUGCGUUUGUUUGUCAGUAAGUAAACGUUGGAAGCACCAGGGAAAUUGGAUGGAGGAAACACGUGGCACAUUGAUGGUAGUAGCUACUGUGAUUGCAACCAUGGCUUUCCAAGCUGGGAUCAGCCCACCAGGUGGCGUUUGGCAACAAAAUAUAUCCAACUCCAUAGAAGGUUUCAACUGUAACCAAGAUAAUAUAUGUGAAGCCGGCACAGCAGUUUUAUCUUAUUCCUAUCCAGAUACCUACGUAUGGUUCUUAGGUUUCAAUACAACAUCUUUCUUUGCAUCUCUGUGCGUCAUACUUUUGGUCGUUAUUGGAUUUCCUCUUAGGAGCAAGUUAUUUAUUUGGCUCUUGACGUCAACCAUGACUAUCUCACUCGUGUCCAUGACAUUCACCUUUGCAAAAGCAGUGACUUUGGUGACCCCGAAUCAUAUUCUCAACAGAUUAAUUAAGUCGUUGGGCAUGAAAUUCGUAUAUAUUUGGGAAGGAAUGUUUCUGAUUGCUGGUGUAAUUUUCAUAAUUGGCCUAAUCUAUUGGAUGGUGAAGAAGUUGAUUCACAUAAUUCCCCUACUCUAUUGGACAAUGAAAAAGUUGUGCACUUUCAUACGCAAGUCAACGAUGGGUCCAGCAGAAAAUCCGGGUAAUGUCUAAGAGGGAAACUAUCACGAUCAGAAAUUCAGUUAGAUAUUUUA